AUCGCUGUGGGUGGCUGGGUAGCCGGCAGCUUCGUUCGUCAGGACCUCAAUACGUAUACGCUCCAUAGUCGUGUGCAGUCUUCAAUGAAUGCGAAUUCGGUGCGCACGUGUUUCGGUUGAUACGCUUCGCUUUGCUACGUAGAGCAUUUUGUUUUGCGGUUUGGUUAACGUCGCGCGUCGCGUAACAAUUUUUGCCGUUAGAUCUGUGACGUCUUGGGCUGCAUUGCUGAACGAACGAGCGGCAAUUAUUGGAAUAGCUAAAGUGCAAACAAAGCGUUUGGAAAUUGAUUUGAUUUUGUGGCAAAUAGCGUGUGUGUGUGUGAAAGUGUAAAAAAAUAUGCACACCGCUGCACAGUGUGACAAAAACUACAAGCUCAACAUUUGAACAGCUGUUGCUGUUGCCCAAAAAGCCAAAAGCAGCUGGCAGCUGUAACUAAAUGCCAGAGCAAUGUAGCAGCAGCAGCAGCAGCAGCAGCAGGCUCAACAAGCAAUAGAGAGAGAAAUCCAAUUCAUCAAAUGCCUCUAAUCAAGCCCCAACCGUAACAAUAAGAACAAAUAAUAAAGCCAAACAAAAGGCAACACAAUAAUAACAAUAACAAAGAGCAACAAAAGCAGCUGGAACAAACGUUGGCAAACAUCAUGUCGGCCAGGCAAGGGCCCAAAAACAACAGCAGCAAUGUGAGCUUGCUGCUGCUGUUGGCGGCAGCAGCAAUGCCCACAAUGAUAAAUGCAACAGCAACAUUAAUUGCAACGACAACGGCAACAUCGAAUGAGCGACGGCCGCAGGCAACAUCAGAGCACAUUAAGUCAAUAUCUGCCAAUGGCAUUGACAGCGACUUGUUGCCCUCCAUGGCGGCCGUAGAUGAUGUCUACAUAGCCAACUUGGUGCAAAGCAACAACAACAACCUGGACAACAACAAACAUCAUCAACAUCAGCUGCAGCUGCACCACAACCAUAAGCAGUUGGGUCAGUUUGAGAACGAGCUGGAGGAGCAAGACGGGCAAGUGGAUGAGGCUAACUAUUCGCCGCCAGUUUUUGACUUUGGCAUGCCAAGGAAUAUAACAGCGCGAACUGGACACACCGCAGCCAUCAAUUGUCGCGUUGAGAAUCUGCGCGAUAAGUCGGUAUCUUGGAUAAGGAAACGCGAUUUGCACAUUCUGACUGCAGGCAUUUUGACUUACACAUCUGAUGAGCGCUUCAAGGUUGUACGCACCGCCGACUCCAAGGAUUGGACAUUGCAUGUGAAAUAUGCGCAGCCACGUGACAGCGGCAUCUACGAGUGCCAAGUGAAUACGGAGCCAAAGAUUUCGAUGGCAUUUCGCCUGAAUGUCAUAGUGACGCCGCCAGAUGCCAAAGCGAUUAUAGCCGGUCCAACGGACUUGUACGUUAAGGUGGGCAGCGUCAUAACGCUCACCUGCCAUGUGAAACAGCCGGCGACAUCGGCGCAGGAUAUUGGGCCAAUUUACUGGUAUCGCGGCGCCUACAUAUUGUCGCCUUUUGUGGCACACCCGAAUGAUGUAGCCAUCGACUUGCAACGCAUCUCAAUGGAAUCAACGCUCGGCGAGAAGCUGCAGAGCAGAUUACGAAUUGCGAAUGCCCAGCUGCUGGAUACGGGCAACUAUACGUGCAUGCCAACCACGGCGGAGGCAGCCAGUGUUGUGGUCAAUGUCAUUAAUGACGAGAGCCCCGCGGCCAUGCAAAAGAGCGAUGCCAAUGGCAGCUGCCUGAGGAGGAGCAGCAGCAUCCUCAACUCGAGUCUUGUGCUAAUGCUGGUGGCCAGCGCUGUGGUGCGAUGGCUGCUGGCGCGUGGAAGUGACAGUGACAGUCGCUCGAGCCACUCGAACUUGUACUUAGUGCAUAUCAAUUAUGAUGACAUCGACGCCAGUCCAGGCCAGCAGCAGCAGCAGCCGGAGACGGAGCCGGAGGCCACGAGCAGCGCUCUCUGCACUUUAUGAUAAUUAAGCCGCAGGCAAACGAGAGCGCUCCACUGUACAUAAUUUUAUAUUGAUAGAUAACGAUAAUUAAUAUGUGUAAAAUGCAAACUGACACACACACACACACACACAUAAACUUUGACAUUUAGUGUUAAUUUGAUGCAUAGCGUACAUAAACACUAAAAAUAGUUAUAAGCAAAAAAGUAAAAAAUGGCAUCAUAGCUGCUAAAAUUCAAUAAUUACAAAUGUAAUUGCA